CAUUCGGUCCAACCAGAACGAGGCCAGCAAAGGCACGCCAUGCCAAGUGUCCCUGUGGCCGCCUGAACAAAGGUGCUCUCCAGUCAUCUCUAAAGUGUUACAUUAUGUAGGACUUUUUUCCAUGGGAAAGAGAAGCUUGGUGACAAGCAGAAUAUUUACACUUUUCACUGAAGACUCGAGUAAAUAUUGUGGUCAAACCCCUCCCCCCGCCCCAUCUCCCAAGGGGAAGGUCAAGGUGCUGCCCAUAGAAUAUAAGAGCGAACCCUUUCCGGAUCAUGUUGAUGGUGCCUCCACCACCUUUCCAGACACAGACUGACCAACUGGCCUCUGCCAUGAAGCUGACCGUUGUUUGCAGUCUGGUUGCCCUGGCCCUCUGCUGCAGCUGGGCCUCUGCCAAAAUCUGCCCUACUUUCCCAGAAGUGGCAGACAUCCUCUUCAAGGGCACCCCCCAGGAGUAUCUCGAAGCCAUUCGGUGCUUCCAACCUGAUGAGGCCAUGGAAGCAGCUGGGAAGCUACUGAAGGCAAAGGUGGACACCCUCUCCGACACGACCAAAAUGGACAUCGGGAGGCUGAUGGUAAAGAUCGGCCUUUGGGUUCUUUUAUGGACUCUUUCCAUGGUGUCUCAACUGGCUGGAGCUUGAUUUCCCCACCUGCUGGGCUGCCGCACCAUCCUUUGGCCGAACUGUCAUAAUGGUAUAACACUGGGGGGGGGGGGGUGGCGCGGAGAAAAGCCCCCGGAGGAGAAAGGCGCCCUCUCCAAUGCGCCCUGUGAGCACCAGCCCAGGUACCUCCAAAACUUAAAAAAAUAGGAAACGUCGCCACGGUAGCUUCUUGGUCAAUUUCCCUGACAUGAGAGUGAUGAUAUAAGAUGCUCGCCAGCCAAAAGCCCCUUGUCUCAUGCGCUCUGUUUUGUAUUUUUUCAGGUAAAAAUAUUGACCUGAAACUAAUACCUGUCAAGCCCACUUAUUUCAUUUCCCAGACAUCACCAAAUGCCGAAUCGCUGAAUGCCAGCUCCUGGUGGUUUUGUGCCCAGGACUCUCCCCAGCCCAGUUCUCUGUCCUUGUCCCCAAAGUAAACUGAAAGCAUUUGA